CUGGGUCCAGUCUGGUCUAGCGACAGUCAGAAAUCGUUCAGAGUAGAAGGGAGCAGAGCAACGACUACAACUCUGUGUGAACUGUGUUACACUACCAAGAAGACGGUUUCCUUUUCACACACCUGGACCAGAUUUCAUCCUAUUUAAGUGCUGAAGAUCUUAGACCAGUCUAAGGACUAGAGCCCCCUCAGUGGAGUACAGGUUUGUCUUCAUCUCAUCUGUCUUGAGUCAGCUCUCUCCUCUUCUCACUCUUUUGCCCGCCGAGGCUAGUCCAGCGUUCCAAGCUGGACGGAGGGGAGACGAGUGCGGCCGAGGGCCCGGCCUUCGUGCUGCGACAUAGAACUUCCAACCUCAUCGAACACACGCCAGAGGGCACGCCUACAGAUCCAAUGAGUCCCCGGGAGAAGGAAGACACACCCACCUCAGGUUCUUCAACUAGUCACCUCAGCACAUCAGAGUGCACGGCACACAAUGGGGAUGUCCCCGAGUGUGAAGAGGAUAGAAGAAAAAGUGAAGAGGAUGAAAGAGGAAGAGAAGGAGAGCAGAAGGAGGAGGAUGAUGAGAGAAGCAGUGAUGAAGGGUUCAUGGGGAUGACUCCGCUGCUGCAGGCUCACCACGCCAUGGAGAGGAUGGAGGAGUUUGUACACAAGGUAUGGGAGGGCAGGUGGCGAGUCAUACCUCACGAUGUGCUCCCAGAUUGGCUGAAGGACAACGACUUCCUGCUCCAUGGCCACAGGCCGCCCAUGCCUUCAUUCCGCGCUUGCUUCAAGAGCAUCUUCAGAAUCCACACGGAGACGGGGAACAUUUGGACACAUCUGCUAGGCUGUUUGUUUUUCCUCUGUCUGGGCCUGAUGUACAUGUUCAGACCAAACAUGUCAUUCGUGGCUCCCGUCCAGGAGAAGGUGGUGAUCGGGAUGUUUUUCCUCGGAGCCAUCCUCUGCCUCUCCUUCUCCUGGCUCUUCCACACGGUCUACUGCCACUCCGAGGGCGUCUCCAGAGUCUUCUCUAAGUUGGACUACAGUGGAAUCGCCUUCCUGAUCAUGGGAUCCUUCGUCCCCUGGUUAUACUACUCUUUCUACUGCUCCCCUCAGCCCUGCUUCAUCUACCUGAUAGUAGUGUGUAUAUUGGGAUUGGCUGCCAUCACCGUCUCCCAGUGUGACUUCUUUGCCACACCGCAAUACAGAGGAGUUAGAGCAGGAGUUUUUGUGGGUCUCGGUCUGAGUGGCGUGGUUCCCACCCUGCACUUUGUCAUCAGCGAGGGUCUGAUCAAAGCGACCACCAUCGGUCAGAUGGGCUGGCUGCUCCUCAUGGCGACACUUUACAUCACAGGAGCCUGUUUGUACGCUGCUCGCAUCCCUGAGAGGUUUUUCCCUGGCAAGUGUGACAUCUGGUUUCACUCCCACCAGCUGUUCCAUAUCUUGGUGGUCGCAGGGGCCUUCGUUCACUUCCAUGGUGUCUCCAACCUGCAGGAGUUUCGCUACACAGUGGGAGCAGGCUGUGCUGAAGAUGGCACUCUCUAACCCACGCAUAAAUCUACAAAGACGCACUCACUCAUGCUGACUCACUCAUGCAGUCACACAUUUUACAGGGAGGCACUGGUUCUGAUAUUAUGCACAGAAUUAGAAACACAUGCAAAUAAAAAAACGCUCUCCCACUGACUGGAAACCGAAGUGGCUUGUCUGGUGUGUGUCUGUGUGUAAUACACCGGACGGCCUCCCAGGGGGCGCUACUAAAACCAACUGAUGAGGGUUGUUUUGUUCUAUUUCUGACCCUCUGUCUGUCUGUUCAUCCCCAUCGCCUCUGGCUCUGUCACUUCGAAUAUAAAACACUUCAGCGUUUUAUGAAGCAGUUUCUGAGGCGAAUUGUUCCUGAAUUUCUUCUGUGUUGAGUUCUGACAUUUAACAGUUUGAUGGUUUGAGCUGAAAACAAAGCAUAAUUAUCACCUACAAGUAUAAGGGCAAUGUGAAAGAAAAAGAACAAUCUGAGAUUUUGCAUCAAAGUCAUAAUUUUAGGAGAGUAAAGUUUGAAAUUUACGAGAAUAAAGUUGAACAUUUAUGAGAUUAAAGUCACAAUCUAAGGCCAUUAUUUAAUGUGAAAGGUCUAUGGAACAGAGUAUAAAUGGGGCUCAAGAUAAUACUCAAUUUACCUAAUCUGUCCAGAUUAUCUGCCAUGACAAAAGCCUGUCAUACAGUCAAUGGACUUUCAAUAGAAACCACCUGCCCAAUAAUAUCGCCUUUUAAAAUACCUUUAGAACAGGUGAGAACAACUCACAAUCAACUCUUUAACCAUUACAACUUUGUUUUAUUUAAAUUACAACUUUGGUAUUGUAAAAUCAAGACUUCAUUCUUGUAAAUCUGUGGCUUUGAUAAAUUUACAAUUUGCUUGCUUAUUUUAGGCGUAUUUAUGACAUAACUUUGUAAACUUACAACGUAAAAUCUAUCAAAUUUGUAAUUUCAGUGUCAGAAGUAUACUACUUUAAAGUCAGAAUAUUAUGACUUAAUAGUUCUGACAUUUUCCAUCAAUACAGAACUUUUUCUGACAAGUGUUGAACCUUAAAUGUUAAAUUAUGACUUUAAUCUCUUGCAAUAUGUUUCUCUUUACAACUUUAAUGUCACAACAUUACGACUUUGAUCCUUUCUGAUGUGAACUUAACUUUAUGUAUUUAAUGUUAUAAUGUUACAACUUUGAUCUCUUAUGACAUUUCUCUUUUUACUACUUUAAUGUGACAGUAUUACAACUUUGAGUUUUGCAGACUUUUUUCACUAAAAUUUGACCUUAUUGUCAUAAUAUUACUACUAUGAUCUCUUACGCUUUUUUUUCUCACAAAUUCCCACUUUUUUUCUCUGAAAUGUAUGACUUUAAUCCCAGCAUAUUGACUUUGAUCAAUUACAUCCUUUUAUCUUUAUUUCAUGCUCUUGAUGUUGUGAUAUUUAAGUUUUUCUUGUAAAUUUACUACUUUAAUAACAUUCUAUUUUAAUAGCUCUCAAUAUGACCUUUAUCGCAAAACCUUGGAUAUUUAUUGCCCUUAUAUUUGUCCUAAAUAAUUAUAGCUUUAAAAACAUUUUGUUUUUUGCUGUUUUUUCCAGACUGAGAACAUUCAACAAUGAAAAAAGAAAAAUUUAAUUCUUGGAUUUGUUUGAUGGUUGUAAAAGUAGCAGAGGAAGAUGUUGGGAAACCGGGGUGGGUCAGGGGUUAAUAGCCACUUAAAAAAAAAAAAAAAAAAAAGAACUUUUCCAUGUAAAUAAGAUUUCUAAAUUUUGGUUUAUAGAUUUGUAUGAAAUAUAUAUGAAAAAGAACAAAAAAAUGAUGGCAAGCAUAAAUAAAUAUGUUAGAAAAUAAAUCAAUGAAAGAGGGGGCAGAGAGGUGUUUUAUCUACGCUUGCACCCAGCAGGAGGUGCAGUGAUACAAUAAGACUGGUUGGAGGGAAGUGCUUCAAACAACUUCAUGUAGUCCAUUUUUAUGCAAAGAUGAGAGGUGGAGGUGAGGAAGAAAACUAAGGCACAACAUCUAAAUCUUAUCAAACAGCAGCCUUAAGUCUUGCUGGUAUUUUUUCUCCAGUGGCGUUUCUUGAGUCACAUUUUUGACUUAAACACUGAAAAAAUGGAGGAGACCCUCUUCGACUCAUCUUUCUUUAAUUUUGUGGAAAAGAUCUCAAAACUGGACAUGUUAACAUUUGUGCUUAAAACCAAAACUCAAACUGCUUUUUCCAAUAUGUAGGUUUAUUUCUUUUCUUUGACCUACACUUUAAUAACUUAAAACACUUGAGAGCUGUCUUACUGGUAAAACUGCAGUAUUACUGCAUGAAAAAGAUGCAGUUGAUUGUGGUCUUCCUCCUCCGUAACACUUGAUAAGAUUCACCUCCACACAGAACAACAAUACUCCGUCUAAAAAAUGUUCUUUUUGAUUUGAUGUAUUUUAUUUUAUCCACUGCUGUUUCUUUUGAUAGUACUAUUAUAAUUGCAAGCUUUAAUUUCACUUUUUCUUUCUUAUUUGUUUACUGUGGUUUCUUUAAAAUCAUCAAAGCAGCAAAAACAAAGAGCUACUCAAGUGAAAUCCUCUGAUUUCAUGGAGAUAAAAACUUUUCAAGUGUUUCAUGGCAAUACCAAAACCUCAAACCUGCACAAUGGAUACACUUCUCUGAACUGAUCAUAACAUGUGUGUCUAAUUGAAUGAAGGUUUGCAAGUUUCUGAUUGCUGGCAGCUUUUUCCUAAAUAGGAAGUUGAUUUGCUUUUGGAGUGAUCAGCAACUCUCCUUUGCAUCUUGGUUUUCAUUUUCUUUUCUUUAUUUCAUUUUUCUGUUUAUAUUUUAUCUAAUUUAUUUCUCUUGGGGAGCGCUACCGUCUGUUGAAGCACACGUUCGGGAUGGGAGUGUUUGAUUGCAAUAGACCUUUAUAUCUGCUGUAUUGUUCUAUUAAAAAGGUUUUUUGAAUCUGA